UUAGAAUGUUAUGCCAGUCGGUGCCUUCACCAUUGCAAAGACUGACUGUUAGAGACGCAGAGUGAGUCUGUGAGAGAGAGAGAGAGAGAGAGAGAUGGAUUCCAGGAGCUCUUCCUCGGCUGCUCUUUUCCUUUCCCUCAACCUUGUCUUGUUUGCAGUGGUGAGUGGGUGUGGUUCUUGCGUUAAGCCUACACCCACUCCACCUACCCCAACAGGGAGCUGCCCCAAAGAUGCUUUGAAACUAGGUGUGUGUGCCAAGUUGCUUAAUGGGGCAAUCGGGGCGGAAGUCGGCAACCCUCCUGACCACCCCUGCUGCGCGCUGCUCGAAGGCCUCGUCGACCUUGAGGUAGCUGCCUGCCUUUGCACCGCCAUCAAAGCUAACAUCCUGGGCAUCAACCUCGACAUUCCCAUUUCACUCAGCUUACUCGUCAACACUUGCGGGAAGAAGCUCCCAUCCGACUUCCUAUGUGCCUAAGUCAUUGGGUCAUUGCCAUUCGUUUCGUUUCGGAGCUAGCUAGGGGUUCGUUAAUGAUUUGAUGAUUCCUAAUCAUGUUUUAAUUUAUGUCCACAUUAAUAAUUAGUAUGCAUGGUUUCAUUAGGAUGUUGUUUCAUUCACCUCUUCAACUUCAAGCUAAGUCAGUGUUAUGUUCGUCAAGAAUCUAUGCUAGUUACGUUGUUUUAGUUUAAUUUCUCAGCACCAGUUUGUCAUUGUAAUUUAUUAGGUCGUUUCAGUCUGGACUAUCGAUCUAGUCCUUCAAAUUUAUUUGUUGAAUGAUGCUGAGACAUUAAUUAAUGGUUCAUUUCUCCAAGACUACCUGAUUA